CUUUUAAAUGAGGUUGCACUCAUUCAUUUAGUAGUUUUAAUCCCUCUUUUCCUCCCUCCUUUUCUCUGUUUUUUUUCUUGCUUAACCGAAAUGACAGCACCGCCAGUAGACAACGAUUUUUCUUAUCGUCUCACCGAAAGCAUUUUGUCUCAAACACAUUUUCCACAACAACAACAACAGCAGCAACAACGAGCCACUACACCCUCAUAUGUAGGACCCUUGCCUCCUAACGCCAUCGUAACCCAGUCACCAGACACAGACGCUUCAUUCAAUAACUACAUAGGCAAUCACUUUAAACAAGAUGCGCCUGUACUACUUGAUCGACUUAGUGUUCCCAACAAAACACCACAGAAAAAAGAGUCUGCAUCUACCUUUUGGAGCUACCUGUCAAACGAUUUAGAUAAUGGACGGGCUACAACUGCACCUACUUCUGAACACAAUCUCAUAAACGAAAAAGAUAACACGUGGUAUGAAUAUGAUUCAAACAUUUUUGGUCCUGGAGCACAGCACACUUAUGCUACAGCUACCGAAUUCUUCUCGCUUGGCGCCUUUUUAUUCUUACUUGGUUUUGUGUUUCCACCUUUUUGGUGGAUUGGUUCUUUUUAUCCUAUCUAUGUAGACGAGAGAUACCAAAAGAGAUAUGACCCUAACGUGAAAAUGGUCAAGAGAUGGAGACUAUUGAAUCGCUUUUUCUCUUUAGGCUUUAGUACCAUACUAAUCAUUACUAUCAUAGUCUUGGCUAUUGUUUACGCAACCAAGUACUAGCUGAUUUUUGUAUCAUUACAUAUAUACCCGUGACAAAAGAUAUGAUGUAGAAAUAGAUUCCAUACCCGCUCAAUAAUAAAGCGUCUUCAUGCACUUGAGCCUCGCUCUUUUACUUAAUUUAUUAUGCACUAUAGAAUG